AUGUUGUGGCGAGUGAAUCUUACUAUCACAAAUGAAAUCAAUUCACAUCUUAGUGUACUUAUUGCUGAAACGCGAGAAGAGAUUUCUACUGCGAAAGGAUGGUAUCGAUUGAAUGAAUUACUGAUCAAACUUGGUGAACUUGACAAAGCUCAAAAAGUAUGCAAUCUACUUAAACAGAAAAAUACUGAAGCUGGCAAUUCAGCACUCUAUUUUCAACUUGCACAAAUUGCGCGUGGUAAAGGUCAAUGUGACGAAGCGGCUGAACUUUAUAAUAAAUCAAUUCAAGUUAACAAAAAAUCAUCUAAGGAUAAUAAAAAGGAAACAUUCUGA